AUGGCGGAUUGUUCUCGAGAUACGUGUUUCAAGGAGGGUAAAUUCACAGCACCAGGGUUUCGAUUCCACCCCACUGAUGAGGAGCUUGUCAUGUAUUAUCUCAAGAGGAAGAUUUGUAGGCGAAGGCUUAGAUUCAAUGCCAUCGGCGUCGUUGAUGUUUACAAAAUGGAUCCUGAGGAAUUGCCUGGUCAAUCGCUGCUGAAGACUGGAGAUCGGCAGUGGUUCUACUUCACUCCAAGGAGUAGGAAGUAUCCAAACGCAGCUAGGUCAGGCAGAUGCACUACAAGUGGUUACUGGAAAGCAACAGGGAAAGAUCGAGUGAUAGAGUACAAUUCAAGAUCCGUAGGACUCAAAAAGACUCUUGUUUUCUAUAGAGGUCGAGCACCUAAAGGCGAACGCACAGACUGGGUGAUGCAUGAGUACACCAUGGACGAAGACGAGCUCGAUAGAUGUAAGAACGCCAAGGAUUAUUAUGCUGUUUAUAAGCUGUACAAGAAAAGUGGGUCUGGUCCCAAGAAUGGUGAAGACUAUGGUGCUCCGUUUCAAGAAGAAGAAUGGGUCGAUGAUGAUGAUAAUGAUGAGAUUGCUGUACCAGAGGAACCUUUUGAGGAUACUGGAGAUGGUGGUAGGCUUUUCAAACCUGUAAAUCUUCAGUUGGAUGAUCUCGAUGAGCUUCUCCAAGGAAUCCCAGAUGCACCUGGGGUUCCUCAAAGAUGUAUUAAUGGCCUUGCCUCUAGUAUUCCUCAGGUUAAUAGCGAGGAAGAGCUGCAGAGCACGCUGGUGAAUAAUUCUUCUGGAGAGUUCCUUGCCCUCCGGGAUAUCGAAGAGUUCUUGCAAGACAACCAGCUUUGCAACAGGCCAUCAAGUUUUGAGUCUGUUGAGGUCACGUCAGCUCCCAACACCUCUGGUAUGGGACCUCUAGUGUUUGAGAAGGAGGAUUACAUUGAAAUGGAUGAUCUUCUCAUCCCUGAAGUCGGGUCCGAGAAACCCGCUGGUGAAUUUGGAGACUUUAAUGACUUUGACCAGUUGUUCCAUGACGUUUCCAUGUCUUUGGAUAUGGAACCUGUUGGUCAGGGAACUUCGUCAAGUCCCUCUUCUCUGAAUAAUUUCGUCGACAACACAUCCGACCAGAACCAGCAGUUCCAGGACCCGACCCCUGAGGACCAGCUGAACAACAUCAUGGAUCCUAGCCUGAUUCAGUUGACUGACGAUAUGUGGUUUCACGAUGAUGAUCAAGCUGUUCUCUUUGAUCAGCCACAAUCUAUAUCUGGAGCAUCUGCUUCACCCUCAUCAGGUGUGAUUCUUGAUUCCACAAAUCCUACUAUGAGUGUGAAUGCCCAAGACGAGGAAGGCGGUGGUGGAACGAGCCCGUUCUCAUCGGCUCUGUGGGCAUUCAUGGAUUCAAUACCUUCAACGCCAGCCUCUGCGUGUGAGGGUCCUAUUAACCGGACCUUUGUGCGUAUGUCUAGCUUCAGCCGUCUCAGAUUCAAUGGAAAAGAUAAUGGAGCGCCAGUGGCUGCUACCGUAGCGAAGAAUCGUAGCAGAAACAGAGGUUUUAUUCUCCUAUCAAUUGUGGGUGCCUUGUGUGCCAUCUUCUGGGUGUUCAUAGCCACAGUUCGAGUCUCGGGAAGACCCGUCUUCUCGUGA